UUCCACGUUCCCCCCAAGAAAGAAACUAAGCCAGUUUGUGCCCGAAAUGACCCCAACGGCCAAUCUGGAGACAACCACAUCCUGCGAAACAUCGAACAACAACAAAGAAAUUGAAGAUGAUGAUGCUUAUGGAAUCUUUGAACGGAGGCCGCGGUGGCUAUGGGGGUGGUAGACCAAGCUACAUGCGUAACUUGACCGUCGCUGUCAUCGUGAUCAUGUGUUGGCGCCUUUUCCUCGCUUCAAAAGCACUGGGACCUUUCCGCAUGGCCAGCAUGGUGGAUUCUGACGCGACGACCAACUCUUACGGCAACAUCCAAAACUCCAAUGCUGCCGCUUUACUUGGUACAGCCGGCCUCGGUGGAUCAGUCAGUGGUGCCACAGCAAAUCGAUUCCGAGGAGAUCCUGUACGAAUCUAUGUUGAGACCCGACGGUUUGGCAAAAAGGGCAGUUCACAAAGCGACGGUUCGCUACCGGUAAAUGCACCUCCAUCUCUGAAAGAGGAGCCAUUAUAUCAAAAAUGCCACAAGUGGGCUGUUGUUACCACAAUCUACAAUCCUUCUGAUUCGGUCAAGCUGGUGGGAAAUGACCUUAAUGAUUGGUGCAUGGUUGUGGUAGCGGAUACCAAGACACCUGAUGAUUACAUGCAAGAAGCUGGAUGGAGCACCGGCGAGGGCGGUGAAGACACCACAAGAAAAGUCCAGUUCUUGUCUGUUUCGGCUCAGAAUGAGAUCAGCAAGAUGAUCCCCUUUGUGAAACUGAUGCCAUUUCAGAGUUUUGCCCGCAAAAAUAUUGGAUAUCUUUAUGCAAUUUGGAUGGGGGCCACUGCCAUUUUUGACUUUGAUGAUGACAAUCUCGUCAGAGGUGAAAAUAACAAAACAACCAAGGGGGGGGGCAUAUUGGGUACAGAAUUAUUGGCAGACUUUACCAAUGAGACAAAGAGUUUAGUCAUGGUCCGGCAUGUCAGCAUUGCCAUGGAUUUCAAUGAUCGAGCAUUCAAUCCCUUGCACAUGAUGGGAGCCACCAUUGCAGAUGCCUGGCCUCGGGGAAUGCCUCUGUCUCUGAUCAACAGUAAGUCAGCCAGGGGACAACGUGGUCCAUUAGUGCUCAAGGAAGUUCAGCAAUCCAAUGUUGCUAUCAUACAGUCAGUCUGCGACCAUGACCCAGAUGUGGAUGCUAUAUUCAGACUCAAUCAUCAACAACCUUUCAGCUUUGAAAGUUCCAAAGCCAAAGCUAUGACAUUGGAGGUGCCAUCCCAACUCUACAGUCCAUACAAUGCUCAAGCAACUCUUCACUUCCACAUUGCCUUUUGGGGGUUGUACCUGCCUAUGACAGUCAAUGGACGGGUCAGUGAUAUCUGGAGGUCCUACAUUGUGCAGAGACUCUUGAGGGAGCUGGACACACAAGCACAUGUCUUGUACAGUCCACCAAUUGUGGAAAGUCCAUCUCGUAAUGCUCAUGAUAAUUUGGGCGAUUUGGCUGCUGAGCAGCAUUUGUAUCUUCGAACAGAAGCAUUGCUCGAGGUUCUUGAUAACUGGCAACCCAUCACAGACAAGGGAGGCACUGAUUCUUUGCAGGCUCGCAUUGAAGAUCUGUGGAUCCAUCUCUACGAAAGACAAUUUGUUGAGGUGGAGGAUGUGCAAGCUGUACAGGACUGGGUCGCAGCUCUGGAACAGAGUGGUUAUGUUUUCCCAGCAGUCAAAGACCACAGCCUCGUCAUUGAUCCAAGCACUGGUGGAGUCAAGGACCGACAAGAGUGUGCACGCCGAAGACUGGCCAACUGGGAAGAACCCCGCCCAACCUUUAUGAAUGGAUCCAAUUUUGGUGCCUUGACAUUUGAACACAGCAGCAACAUAUCUGUGGCAAGGUUGCUCACAGAGUAUGAAGUGGACAACCCCUUUCCCCACAGCGUAGACCUGGUUGUCCGUGCAGCGGCCACAAAGGGCCCAUGGGAACUUGCAACAAUGAUUGAGAGUGUACAGCUCUACUGGCCCAAAUGUGCAGGGCGUGUCCUUGUUGUUCUUGACAUUGGAGAUGAAGAGUUUGCUCAUGAGAACAUCCCAUCUUGGAUUGAUGUCAUGUAUUCAAAGUUUGACUUUGGUAUGCCAGGACGACUAGGGACUCAACUCUUCAACAUGUACUCUGAUCAGCAAGGCCGUUCUGAGUAUGUGGCAGUUAUCGACACAGACACAACAUUGAUAACACCUGUGACACCAGAUCUUGUUUUCAACAUGGAGAAGAUUGAUGAAGCUGGCAAUGCCCCACCAUACAUCUUAGCAGAGACCACAUAUCAGAAGGGAAUGUGGAGUAAAGGUGACCAGUGGAUGUUUAAGGGAGACUCCAAUGACUGGACUUUUAUGGUGACAUUGCCUACAUUGUGGCCUCGAGCAAUGUUCCCCCAAUAUAGGGCAGGGGUUGAAGCAAUCCACAACAAUGAGUUUGAAACCACUGAUCUUUGGCAACACUUUCGGGCUACUAGGAAGGCUGGGUGGAUGUCCAUGUCCCAGUUUUGUCUGCUAGGGAAUUGGAUGGUGAAGCAUUGGACUGAUGCACCUUUUGACCUGAGGAAUGAGACCGACAUCCCACCCAUGCGUUAUGGAUGUCAUCUACCAUACUACCGCGGUCUAAGCUUUGGUCCAGGUGGGAAAAAGGAUCCUGACAGUUUCCAGCGAACAGGUCGAAAUCUUAUGCUUGAUGGCCUCUGCGAGCUCUUCUGUCAUGAAACACCUCAUCAGGCUGGGUCGCCACCAGCUGUAGGACUACCCAAAUGGAAAAGCUGUGCUGAAAAAUGCCCAAACCCAACAAAAAAGUACAAGGAUGUUUAUUUCAAGUAUGAUCGAAAAGUUUAUGGAACACCAGAACAGCGGUUGCAAGUUGAGGCAAACCAUUUUGAACCCUUCAAACGGGCUUUGGAUUCUGUCUUUAGAAGAGCCAAGCAAAUCAGUACAGUCAAACUUUAGUUGGAAGUGCUUGAACUAGCCAUCCUGCUAUGGCAACUUGCUGGUUGACAUUCGCGAUCGAGGAAUCGGUUUCGUUUGUCGAUUGUCGUAGGAGACUACAUGUACAGAAAGCAUUGCAUUCUAGAAUCCGCGGUCAAGUUUGAGUUUACAAGGGGCAAGGUCGGAAGGUUCAGCCUGUCGGACACAAAGACUGUAGGGAAUGCUCUGCGAUGCACUGAAAGAGACUCGAUCUUUACGUUUUAGUCUGCUCGUUUGUUGCCUCCUAGUUUCUUCAGGAUUUACUACUACCGUACCGCAAGAUACGUCGCGACUCAGUUUCCGCGGUGUACUGCCUUGUUCUGGGAUCAUUGUCAUUGGUUUCUCUUGCUGGAGGAUGAUGACUUCUGCAACCUUCCGAAGACGAGAUACGGUUUCUGGUCAAGGACGACCGCGGCGGUCUCAGCGCGGAGCGAAUUGUGCGCUGUGGCGAAGGAGCAGGGGUCCGUCGAGGAUUCAAAAGCGAGGGCAGAAAUUAUCUGCAUGUGGGCAAAUGCAAGGCUAGCUCCAUCAGCUGCUCUAUGUAGCUACACAAAGUAACCCUUUACUAGAUUCGUACAAUGUUCGCUCGUUGU